AUAAAAAGGCUCCUCUCUACCAUCUGCUAUUUGCCCCCCUUUCUCUCUCUCCUCGUCUGCUCCCAAACUUCGCCCUACUCUCACCGACAUCUCAACAAUAAGCCCUCGCCCCGUCUCAUAACCCGCUCUAAAGCUCCGUCAAUUACCCGCCAAAUAGGUCCCCUCCUUCUCCUUGUCCGCCCGGUCCCCCCGGAUCGGACACCCGACGGGUCCCCGCCGCCGGAUAUGGGAGACGAGGGCAGGACGAUCGCCGCCGGCUCCCCCGCGGCCCAGGCCACGGCGCUGGCGACUAAGAAGCGUGCGAGGGACGGCGCCGACGCCGGGGACUUGAAGAGGGUCGCGGAGAUUGUGAUGGUGUUGACGGCGAUGGGGCAGAUGCGGGGCGGCCGGGAGCCAACGGCCGCCGAGAAGGCUCUGGUGGCGGAGGCGCGGGAGAAGCUCGCGGGGAUGUGCGAGGCCGUUAAGCCCAAGGAUCUGUUCUCCAGGGAGGCGGUUAGGGUUGUGGUCGAGGAUCUUGGGCUCAAUCGGUCCAAGGAUCCCAUGGGGUUCCGGCCUCCCAAGAUGUCCAUCGCCGAGAAGGUCUUGCUCACCAAAAGGAAGAUGGAGGAAUCCAAGGAAACCGCCACACAUUCAUCUUUUUCUUCAUCUCAGCAUCUUCCAGUUAGCUUUGGUGCAAACUUUGAAUCCCAUGGAACCUUGUUACAUGGAGCUACUAGGUUCCCACCCGAUAAACCAAGUCAAAUGGUGUUGUCUGCUGGAGGCUUUCAGAGUACCUCAACUGUAGCUUCUUCUGCCUCCUCUUUAAAGCAGAUGCAAAUCAAUGAAACACUUGCUGGUGUCACUCCUGUAAAAUCAGCAUCCAAUCCACACCAAAGGGAUUCUCCUUCAUUAACACUGCCUCGUACAGAACCAGGACACCUCAGGUUGGAUGCACGACUUGAUGGGCCAACCUAUCAAACACUCGUUCAAGCAACUUCUGCUGAAUAUAUGCCAUAUAAAACCCCAACAACUGCUAUGCAAUCAACAUCUGCGGCUGUAACAAAGGUUGGCCAGGCAAAUAAGUUGCCGGAUCAUGCUUUGGUAAAGUCUGAGGGUAUUCAUGAAGUUAAUGCUGCUCAAAAUACGCAAGCAAUAAGAAAUCAGGAAAUAAGAAGUUCUGCAAUUCAAGCUGGACAAGGAAAUUUUCUUAUUGGACAUCAGCCUCCACCAGGCCUCACGUUUGUUCAUGCACCUUCUCCUUUUACCAACAAUAAUGACAUUGCUAAAAAUGUGCAGAGGAUAUUGCAGCAAAAGGUUUCUGAUCAUCCUAGCUGGACUCCACCAUCAACUGAGUACAUGAACAAACCUCUAAUUUGCCAAGUCUGCAAGAUUACUAUCACUGAUGUGGAAAGUUUGCUUGUCUGUGAUGCUUGUGAGAAAGGAACCCACUUAAAAUGCCUCCAGUCGUAUGGUAACAAAGGCAUUCCCAAGGCUGAGUGGCACUGCCCAAAAUGCUUGUUAUCAAGCAAUGGCAAACCCUUGCCACCUAAAUAUGGCCGGGUUACAAGGACUGUUGGUCCAUCAAAGGCUGCUUCAAAUGCAGGUGGUGCUCAUGCUUCCUUGGAGAAGAAAACGGAAAAUCCAGACUCGAAGGUUAAUCAACAGAAAGCAAUAGCCAAUGGAAAUUCUGGUGGUCCAGAUUUUGCCUGUCCUUCCAAUACAGGAGGCAGCCAUGUUGAGUCAGCUCCAGCUUCAUUGAUGAAGGUUGCAAAAAUGCAGUCUAAUUCUCCUGCAGCUGAGAUGAAAAGAGAGGAUGGGAUGUCUACAGGGGCCUCCACCAACGCCUUAAAAGCAAAUGCUGGAGUGGUUUGUAUCACCUCUGGCACAAAGGAUGAAAGUAAUGAUAAGCACAAUGACAGAAAUGGAUCAUCUCCAAGUGACAUUAAAGCAACCUCUGAGUCUGUGUUGCAGCCAGAGACAGUACCAGAGAGUUCCUUUUCUGAGCAUCCAUGUGGCAAUGUUAUUGACAACACUAAUCAGUCUCAAGUGUCUGGUGGUUCACAAGUUGGCAACAGAGUAAAGAUGCCAAACAAUGCUGAAGCUUUUGCAAUUCAACAGCAGGAAAUCGGCAAGCUCUUUGACAAUGAACUUAAAGAAUCAUUCAGUAAAAUGGAAACAUCUGAAAACAAGGCUGGUAGUAACACUAGGAUGGAUGAUGGAGAUAAUUUUCAGGCGACUUCAAAUGGAACCUUGGAUUAUGGGAAUGAAGCUAGAGAUUGUGGUAGGUUUUUUCUGCCAGACUUGCAUGCUGUAGAUUGGGUUGGUAAUAUUGUCCAAGUUGUAGAUGAGAAGACAUAUUACCAGUCCUGUCGCAUCAAUGGUGUUCUGUACAAGCUUCAAGAUCAUGUUUUAAUUGCUUCCACCUGUCAGAAGUUUGCUCCUUCAAAGCUCCAGUCUUUGUGGGAGGAUAAUAAGUCUAGGUCAAAGUGGGCUAGUGUGGAUUUGUAUUACUUCCCCAAUGAUCUUGCAGAGAUUGUUAGCCAACCAUCUACACCUGAAAACAAUGAGGUGUAUGCUUCAAAUAAUAAAAAAACCAUAAUGGCUGGCUCAAUAUAUGGUCCUUGUGAAGUUUUAGCCAUUGACAAGUUUAGGGAAGAAAGUGAGGGGAGAUCACAAAUAGGUGAUUCUAAAAGUGAUUUAUAUCCAAUUUUUGUGUGCAAAUGGAUGUAUGAUGAAUCAGAGGGCAGCUUUCAGCCUGUCACCAAUUAAUGCAAUGUGGCAGUUUUAUGAGUCACAGUGUCUAAUCUGUGCAUUUAUUCUUAGCUAUUUUUUCCCAAGAACAGAUCCUAAAAUCAGGUAUCAAAAUGGACUGCUCUAUGGAAGCUGACAGUUGACACCCUGUUGUAUACUAUGUAGUUCACUUUUCCUUUUUGAGGGAAAAUUAUGUAGUUCUUUUUUAAGUUUAGGUCCUUUGCUGACCCCUUUGUUAUUUUGAUCUCAACUGCUGGAACUAGCAUAAUUGGUAUGAUUACCUGCAAUAUAUCCAAAUGAAAAAUUCUAGAGAGUACUGCA